AGAACCGCCGCGUCAGUCUUCCUCGGACAGGAAGUCACUAACGCCAUUUUCAACACUUCCAAGUCUGAGAUUUCUCUAGUUUCGUCCUUAAAUUAGCGACUAUUGUAGAGUUCAUGUACCCUGUCGGGCAGCUGAUAAUUUAAAAGAAUAUUGCCCAAAGCCAUUGGCAAAGGAAUGACAAAAGCACCUGGUCCUCCUGGCCCUCCCGGCCCUCCCACGGGCCCGGGGGGACCCCCAGGACCAGCUGGCCCCCCAGUGCCCCGCCCCAUCACCCUACCUCCGGGACCCACCCCUGCAACUGGACCAAUAACAACCAUAGUGGCGCCUGCUGCAACGACACCUGCUGUGGCCACUGGCACAGGAAUAUCAGCCCUGCUGCCCCCAGAGCUGCCAACAUUCGUGGCACCAAGAAGACCCAACCUUGGGCGGGAGGGUCGGCCCAUCACCCUGAGGGCCAACCAUUUCCAGAUCUCCAUGCCCAGGGGCUAUAUCCACCACUACGAUGUUAGCAUUCAACCUGACAAGUGCCCCAGAAAAGUUAACAGGGAAAUUAUUGAGACUAUGGUCCAUGCAUUCCCAAGGAUCUUUGGCAGCUUGAAGCCUGUAUUUGAUGGAAGAAGCAAUCUCUACACCAGAGACCCUUUGCCCAUUGGGAAUGAAAAAAUGGAGCUGGAGGUGACACUGCCAGGGGAGGGGAGAGACAGGGUAUUCAAAGUGGCCAUGAAGUGGCUGGCACAGGUGAACCUCUAUACCCUGGAAGAGGCACUUGAGGGCCGCACCAGGACCAUCCCCUAUGAUGCCAUCCAGGCGCUGGAUGUGGUGAUGCGCCACCUGCCCUCCAUGACCUAUACCCCGGUUGGUCGGUCCUUCUUCUCGGCCCCAGAUGGUUACUACCACCCGUUGGGGGGAGGGCGAGAGGUUUGGUUCGGCUUCCACCAGAGUGUCCGUCCCUCACAGUGGAAGAUGAUGCUCAAUAUUGAUGUUUCAGCAACUGCAUUCUACAAGGCCCAGGCAGUGAUAGAGUUCAUGUGUGAAGUCUUAGACAUCAGGGAAAUAGGAGAGCAAAGGAAACCCCUUACUGACUCGCAACGAGUGAAGUUCACCAAGGAAAUCAAAGGACUUAAGAUUGAAAUUACACACUGUGGAACUAUGCGAAGAAAGUAUCGCGUAUGUAACGUCACUAGAAGACCUGCACAGAUGCAGUCAUUCCCAUUGCAGCUUGAAAACGGCCAGACUGUUGAGUGUACAGUGGCAAAGUAUUUCCUUGACAAAUACAAAAUGAAACUCAGGUUCCCUCAUCUACCCUGCUUACAGGUUGGUCAAGAACACAAGCACACUUACCUCCCCUUGGAGGUCUGCAAUAUUGUUCCAGGCCAGCGGUGCAUCAAAAAGCUAACUGACAUGCAGACUUCCACAAUGAUCAAGGCUACUGCAAGGUCUGCCCCUGAUCGAGAAAGAGAAAUUAACAAUUUGGUUCGCAAGGCAGACUUCAAUAAUGACCCAUAUAUGCAAGAGUUUGGGCUGACUAUCAGCACUGCAAUGAUGGAGGUGCGAGGGCGUGUCUUGCCACCCCCAAAGCUGCAGUAUGGAGGUCGCACCAAACAACAAGCCCUCCCCAACCAAGGGGUGUGGGAUAUGAGGGGCAAGCAGUUCUUCACAGGAGUAGAGGUGCGGGUAUGGGCAGUGGCAUGCUUUGCCCCUCAGCGUACUGUCCGGGAAGAUGCACUUCGCAACUUUACCCAGCAGCUACAGAAAAUCAGUAAUGAUGCAGGGAUGCCGAUCAUAGGCCAGCCUUGUUUUUGUAAGUAUGCCAAUGGGCCUGACCAAGUUGAGCCCAUGUUCCGGUACCUGAAAAGCACCUUCACUGGUCUGCAGCUGGUGUGUGUGGUGCUGCCUGGCAAGACUCCAGUCUAUGCUGAAGUGAAGCGGGUUGGGGACACCGUUCUUGGUAUGGCCACCCAGUGUGUACAGGCCAAGAAUGUCAAUAAAACAUCUCCACAAACCUUGUCAAACCUCUGCCUCAAGAUUAAUGUCAAGUUGGGAGGCAUCAACUCCAUUCUAGUCCCAGGCAUCAGACCGAAGGUGUUCAAUGAGCCAGUCAUAUUCCUUGGUGCUGAUGUGACUCACCCUCCGGCGGGUGACAACAAGAAACCGUCCAUUGCUGCUGUGGUGGGAUCCAUGGAUGCUCACCCAUCACGUUACGCUGCAACUGUUCGAGUGCAGCAACACAGACAGAAUGGAUCAACAGCACAAGGCCAAAGUGCCAGUGAUGGCUCGCGACCCAGACAACUGACUUUCGCAAGGACAGCGCAUGAUGAGGUAAUUCAAGAACUGUCCUCCAUGGUAAAGGAGCUGCUCAUACAGUUCUACAAGUCCACAAGAUUCAAGCCCAACAGGAUCAUUCUGUACCGUGACGGUGUGAGCGAGGGACAGUUCCAGACAGUCCUGCAGCAUGAGCUUACUGCCAUGAGGGAGGCCUGCAUCAAGCUAGAGGCUGACUACAAGCCAGGCAUAACCUAUAUUGCUGUACAGAAGAGACACCAUACCAGGUUAUUCUGUUCAGACAAGAAAGAACAGAGUGGCAAGAGUGGCAACAUUCCUGCAGGUACCACAGUGGAUGUUGGCAUUACACAUCCAACAGAAUUUGACUUCUACUUGUGUUCCCACCAAGGUAUUCAGGGCACGAGUCGACCCAGCCAUUACCAUGUCUUGUGGGAUGACAACCACUUUGACAGUGAUGAGCUUCAGUGUCUCACUUACCAGCUGUGUCACACUUAUGUCAGAUGCACCCGCUCCGUCUCAAUACCUGCUCCAGCCUACUAUGCUCAUCUGGUUGCCUUCAGGGCUCGCUAUCAUCUCGUCGAGAAGGAGCAUGACAGUGGUGAGGGCUCUCACCAGUCAGGCAACAGUGAAGACCGCACUCCCUCGGCCAUGGCUCGGGCUGUUACAGUACAUGUGGACACCAAUAGGGUCAUGUACUUUGCUUAAUGGGCCCUGGGUCUAGUCCUCUAGAGGGUCACUGCCCUUGUGCAAGUCUCCUGGACGCUCCAGCAGAUCUACUCGUCGAUGGUCGUCGUCGUGUCAGCGUCGUAGACUGACACUUAUCUUAUCUGGUUGGAUUGUCCGACUUAAAAAAUCUUUCACAAAGAUGGAAAUGGUAUUUGUGAUCAAUGUUGGGGUUCUCAUUGUGAUAUUUUUGGAAGAAGUUUUGUUCCAGGUAUUCCACUACCUCUGAAUACCUGUGAGAGAGGAGGGAUGGGAGAUUGAGGGGGAUGGAAUGAAGUGUUUGGCCAGAAACAAAUGGAGACUUCUGUCAUGGCCAUCCCCUCGAGGGAGUUCCAAGAAAAGUUUGUCAGAGUAGAUUAGAUAAGAUUUAUGCUUUUGUUAGAAAUCUCAGACAUAUUACUGUUUUGUUUUUAUACUUUUCAAAAAAAAUAUAGUUGUAGAAACGAAAACAUCUGGAAGUGUUGGAAAAUUAACGUUGGUGGCAUUCCUUGAAGAUGUUUGGAGGUUGCUAAUGCCAGAUGUACUCUAGCAUAUUUUAGAGUGGGACUUUUUCCAAUAGGUUACAGUUUAUUAUGUGAAUUCUUCCAUAAAUUCACAAGUUAGAUUUUUGUACCAGACUCAUGUACCUGCAGGAAACGUGUAGAAGUCCCUGGCCUCACGUGCCUCCCACCAGGGGCUUUUCAUUGUUGAGGCAAUUAAGUUUUUUCUCUCCUUUCUAUCAGCAGCAUUAUGUGCAUUUCUUACAUCGAGUUAUUUGAGGAAAUGUAAAGCCGUAGCAUUCUGUGUGACUUACCUUGAGGUGUUCAUCACCUUGGUGAAGGGAUGCCCCCAGGUGACUUUGAGCAGCAGUGAGGCUCCCAUGGAGAUUGUUAGUGUCAGUCUCCUGGGUUUGUACUGUUACUGUCUCAACAGUGACGGGUCUUAGUUGUGUGUUGUUUGUGGUGUAACGAGGCUGGGGAAUCCAAAGCCACUAUGACAUGGACUUUUAUUAACUAAGGUAAUAACUUUUGCAGUCACAUUUUUUACUGCCAUUUUUUAUUUUAUUAUUUAUAGAAGGUAACCUGGUACCUUGGUGUGGGGCUGGUGCUCUCCCUGCUCAAUUUUGGAGUCAAUACUGCUAUUGUUCAAAAAUUGUCUCCAUCAUAAUCAUAUUCAUUUAAGUGUCACAGUGUUGAAAGUGAUGCCUGAACAAAAAGGGGUUGAAAUGUGGAUGUCUCUAAUUUGCAUAUUUUCUCUUUUCCUCACAAGAAAUGACUUCAAGAACUGACUAAUGUAUAUGGCAGUGUUGACUUUGUGAUGCAGGUGUUGGGUGCAUCUUUCUCACUCAUGAACCUGAUUGCACGUGUGUGUGUGUGUGUGUGUGUGUGUGUGUGUGUGUGUGUGUGUGUGUGUGUGUGUGUGUGUGUGUGUGUGUGUGUG